UGUGUCAGAUUCCAUCUGCUCUUUCCUAUCCUUUUUUAAAACCCUUCUUGUAAAACUUUCAUGGCUCCUAACUUCUUAGCUUUCUUUCUCAUUUCAGAGUCCAUGAAAAAUUAAUUACAAUCAAAACAAUGAGUUUGAAACUUCUCUUGUUGAUUGUAUUACUGCUCCAAAGUGUUACUUCUUUGACAAGUGGUAAAGGGUCAACAAUGGUUGAAGAAGCCUAUCUUAGUUGGGUGAAGCAGAUGGGUUCAUUCAAACACUCUCUGUUCCAAAAAGCAACCAACAAGUUUGAGCCUUGCUUAACUAUACAAGUCAAUCAAAACCCAAGAGUAUUAGGAGCUUUUACUUCCAUCCAAAAGGCUGUUGAUUCACUCCCACAAGUCAAUGACUGUAGAGUGGUCAUCUCCCUCAGUGCAGGCAUUUACAGGGAAAAAGUUGAGAUUCCCAAGACCAUGGCUUACAUCACCUUGGAAGGUGCUGGUGUAGAAAACACCAUUGUUGAAUGGGAUGACACAGCUGAUCGAUUGGGAGAGAGUGGACAGCCUUUGGGUACUUUUGGUUCAGCAACUUUUGCUGUCAAUUCUCCUUAUUUCAUAGCCAAGAAUGUCACCUUCAAGAAUAGAGCGCCGUCGCCGCCCUCGGGAGCUCUGGGGAAGCAAGCAGUGGCACUGAGGAUCUCAGCUGACACAGCAGCCUUCAUAAGUUGCAAGUUUAUAGGAACACAAGACACACUUUAUGAUCACAUAGGGAGACACUACUUUGAGAAUUGUUACAUUGAAGGCUCGGUGGACUUCAUAUUUGGCAAUGGCCUUUCUCUCUAUAAAGAUUGUCGUUUGCAUGCCACUACCAACAACUGUGGAGCCUUGACUGCUCAGAAGAGAGAAGCCAUGCUUGAAGAGACUGGCUUCUCUUUUGUCAACUGUAAGGUUACUGGGUCGGGUGCCCUCUACUUGGGUAGGGCAUGGGGGACUUUCUCUAGGGUUGUCUUUGCUUAUACUUACAUGGACAACAUUAUCAACCCCGGAGGAUGGUACGAUUGGGGAGACAGAAACAGGGACAUGACUGUAUUUUAUGGACAGUACAAAUGUAUGGGGCCAGGUGCUGAGUAUGGAGGUCGUGUGUCAUGGUCAAGGGAGCUAACUCCACAAGAAGCACAACCAUUUAUUUCACUUGAUUUUAUCAAUGGCUAUGAAUGGCUUCCAAAUUUGUAGUAGAUGGAAA